AUGGCUCCCCUUCCCAUCAAGUUCACAGAGCUGGUCAAUUUGACCUCCGUCGGUAUUGCGCCGGCUUCAAUUGGAUUUACUUCAUGUACACUAGAAUCUGAUCACUACGUUUGUGUUCGCCAAAAGCUCGACGAAGACGACAAGCCUCAAGUUAUCAUUAUCGACCUCAAGAACAACAAUGAAGUUCUACGGCGCCCCAUCAACGCUGAUAGUGCGAUCAUGCACUGGAGCAAGAACAUUAUUGCCCUCAAGGCGCAGGGCCGCACCAUCCAGAUUUUCGACCUCGGGGCGAAGCAAAAGCUCAAGUCUGCCGUGAUGAAUGAAGAUAUUGUCUACUGGAAGUGGUUCAGCGAAACAUCCCUCGGUCUGGUCACCGAAUCAGCGGUUUACCACUGGGAUGUCUACGAUGCCACACAACAGAACCCCGUGAAGAUGUUCGACCGACUUCCUAAUCUUGCUGGAUGCCAAAUUAUCAACUACCGCGUGAACGCCGAGGAGAAGUGGAUGGUCGUGGUUGGUAUCAGCCAGCAGCAGGGCCGUGUUGUGGGAUCGAUGCAGCUCUUCUCGAAGGAGCGUGGGAUCUCCCAGUUUAUCGAAGGUCACGCCGCUUCUUUUGCGAACAUCAAUGUCGAGGGAUCUCCCCUACCUCACAGCCUCUUCACUUUUGCCGUGCGCACUCAGACGGGCGCUAAGCUCCAGAUCGCCGAAAUCGAUCACCAGGAACCCAACCCACGAUUCCAAAAGAAAGCCGUGGAGGUGUACUUCCCACAAGAGGCGGUUAACGAUUUCCCUGUCGCGAUGCAGGUGUCCAGCAAGUACGAUGUGGUCUACCUUGUUACGAAAUACGGCUUUAUCCACCUUUAUGAUCUCGAGACCGGUACAUGCAUCUUCAUGAACCGCAUCUCCAGUGAGACAAUUUUCACCACAGCUGCGGAUAGCGAGGGUGCCGGCCUUGUCGGCGUGAACCGUAAGGGUCAAGUCCUCUCUGUUAGCGUCGAUGAGUCCACUAUCGUUCAAUAUCUGAUGGAAAACCCUGCCAUGUCCGGUCUUGCCAUCAAACUUGCCUCGAAGGCCGGCCUUCCCGGCGCGGACCACUUGUACCAGCAGCAGUUUGACACACUCAUGGCUUCGCAGGAUUACGCCGCAGCCGCUAAGAUUGCCGCUAACUCCCCCCGUGGUUUCCUCCGAACCCCCGACACUAUCAACCGCUUCAAGAACGCCCCUCAGACCGGUCAGAUGUCGGUCAUCUUGCAGUACUUUGGCAUGCUGUUGGAUAAGGGCUCGCUCAACAAGUACGAGAGUGUCGAACUUGUUCGACCCGUUCUGCAGCAGAACCGCAAGCACUUGCUUGAAAAGUGGAUGUCUGAGAAGAAGCUCGAGAGCUCCGAGGAGCUGGGUGACAUUAUUCGUCCUUAUGACAUGCCCCUUGCUCUGACCGUUUAUCUUCAAGCCAAUAUUCCACACAAGGUUGUUGCUGGAUUCGCAGAGACUGGUCAGUUCGACAAGAUUCUUGCCUACUCUAAGCAAGCUGGAUACCAGCCGGACUACACCCAGCUUCUUCAGCACAUUGUUCGCGUCAACCCCGAGAAGGGCGCUGAGUUUGCUACCCAGCUCGCCAAUGAGGAGAGCGGCGCGUUGGUUGACCUUGACCGGGUCGUUGACGUGUUCUUGUCUCAGAACAUGGUUCAGCAGGCAACUUCAUUCCUCCUGGAUGCUCUCAAGGACAACAAGCCAGAGCACGGCCAUCUGCAGACUCGUCUUUUGGAGAUGAACUUGGUCAACGCCCCCCAGGUGGCUGAUGCCAUUCUUGGCAAUGAGAUCUUCACCCACUACGAUCGUCCUCGUAUUGCUCAACUUUGCGAGGGUGCUGGCCUCAUUCAGCGCGCACUGGAGAACUCAGAAGACCCCGCUGUUAUCAAGCGCAACAUCGUCCGCACCGACAAGCUGAGCCCUGAGUGGCUGAUGGCCUACUUCGGUCGUCUGUCCGUGGAGCAGACUUUGGACUGCUUGGACACCAUGCUGGAGUCGAAUAUCCGCCAGAACCUGCAGUCUGUGGUUCAGAUCGCUACCAAAUUCUCUGAUCUUCUUGGUUCCAACCGGUUGAUUGAUCUUCUGGAGAAGUACCGCACCGCCGAGGGUCUUUACUACUACCUGGGAAGCAUUGUUAACCUCAGCGAGGACCCUGAGGUGCACUUCAAGUAUAUUGAGGCUGCUACCGCCAUGAACCAGGUCACUGAAGUUGAGCGUAUCUGCCGUGAGAGCAACUACUACAACCCCGAGAAGGUGAAGAAUUUCCUGAAGGAGGCUCGUCUGACCGAGCAACUUCCUUUGAUCAUCGUGUGCGAUCGUUUCAACUUCAUCCACGAUCUCGUCCUGUACCUCUACCAGAGCCAACAGUUCAAGUCAAUUGAGGUCUACGUCCAACGCGUCAACCCUGCUCGUGCACCUGCUGUUGUUGGUGGCUUGCUUGAUGUUGAUUGUGAAGAGAGCAUCAUCAAGAACCUGCUUUCCACUGUUGACCCGUCCGUUAUCCCAAUCGAUGAGCUUGUCUCGGAGGUCGAGAGCCGAAACCGCCUCAAGUUGCUUUUGCCCUUCCUCGAGGCCACUCUGGCCACCGGAAACCAACAGCAAGCUGUCUACAACGCUCUUGCCAAGAUUUACAUCGACAGUAACAACGAUCCAGAGAAGUUCCUUAAGGAGAAUGACAUGUACGACACCCUCACCGUCGGAAAGUACUGCGAAAAGCGCGAUCCCAACCUGGCCUACAUCGCCUAUCGCAAGGGUCAGAAUGACUUGGAGCUCAUUAGCAUCACCAACGAAAACUCCAUGUACCGUGCUCAGGCUCGCUACCUUGUGGAGCGUGCCGAUCCCGAGAUCUGGACCUUUGUUCUGAGCGAGAACAACGAGGGCCGCCGUUCCCUUGUGGAUCAGGUUAUCGCCACCGCGGUUCCUGAGUCUACUGAGCCUGAGAAGGUGUCUGUGGCUGUCAAGUCCUUCCUCGAGGCUGACUUGCCUGGUGAACUGAUCGAGCUGCUUGAGAAGAUUAUCCUUGAGCCUUCGCCUUUCAGUGACAAUACCAGCUUGCAGAACCUCCUGAUGUUGACUGCCGCUAAGGCCGACAAGGGCCGUCUGAUGGAUUACAUCCACCAGCUCAACGAUUUCUCUGCUGAUGAGAUCGCUGAGAUGUGUAUUGGUGUUGGUCUAUACGAGGAGGCCUUUGAGGUCUACAAGAAGGUCAACAACUACCUGGCCGCUGUGAAUGUUCUGGUGGAGAACAUUGUCAGCAUCGACCGUGCUCAGGAGUUCGCCGAGCGUGUCGAGCUGUCCGAGGUCUGGAGCAAGGUUGCCAAAGCCCAGCUGGAUGGCCUUCGUGUGACUGACUCCAUCGAGUCUUACAUCCGUGCCGAGGACCCUUCUAACUACAACGAGGUGAUUGAAACCGCCACUCAUGCUGGAAAGGAUGAGGAUCUCGUCAAGUUCCUUCGCAUGGCCCGCAAGACCCUGCGUGAGCCCGCCAUCGACACUGGUCUUGCCUUCUGCUUCGCACGUCUUGACCAGCUUGCUGAGCUUGAGGACUUCCUCCGCUCCACCAAUGUUGCGGAUAUUGAAGCGUCCGGUGACAAGGCCUACGCUGAAGGCUAUCACAAUGCUGCUAAGAUCUUCUUCACCCAGAUCUCCAACUGGGCUAAGUUGGCCACUACCUUGGUCCACCUAGAAGAUUACCAAGCCGCCGUUGAGUGCGCCCGCAAGGCCAACAGCGUCAAGGUCUGGAAGCAGGUCAACGAGGCCUGCGUCAACAAGAAGGAAUUCCGUCUUGCCCAGAUUUGCGGUCUGAACCUCAUCGUUCACGCCGAGGAGUUGCAAAGCCUCGUCCGCCAGUACGAGCGCAAUGGAUACUUUGAUGAGCUGAUCGCCGUCUUGGAGGCUGGUCUUGGUCUUGAGCGUGCUCACAUGGGCAUGUUCACCGAGCUUGGCAUUGCUCUGUCCAAGUACCACCCCGACCGUGUCAUGGAGCACCUGAAGCUCUUCUGGUCCCGCAUCAACAUCCCCAAGAUGAUCCGGGCUUCCGAAGAAGCCAACCUCUGGCCCGAGCUGGUCUUCUUGUACUGCCACUACGACGAGUGGGACAACGCUGCCCUUGCCAUGAUGGAGCGCGCCGCCGAUGCUUGGGAGCACCACUCCUUCAAGGACAUCAUCGUAAAGGUUGCCAACCUGGAAAUCUACUACCGGUCGCUCAACUUCUACCUCCAGGAGCAGCCUCUUCUGCUCACUGACUUGCUCCAGGUCUUGACCCCUCGUAUUGAUGUCAACCGUGUUGUUCGCAUCUUCCAGAGCUCUGACAACAUUCCCUUGAUCAAGCCCUUCCUGCUCAACGUCCAAUCCCAGAACAAGCGGGCUGUCAAUGACGCCAUCAAUGAAAUUUUGAUUGAGGAGGAGGACCACAAGCUGCUCAAGGACUCCGUGGACCAGAAUGACAACUUCGAUGCUGUUGACCUUGCCCAACGUCUUGAGAAGCACGACCUUAUCUUCUUCCGCCAAAUUGCCGCCAACAUCUACCGUAACAACAAGCGCUGGGAGAAGUCAAUUGCGCUCUCCAAGCAGGACAAGCUCUACAAGGAUGCCAUUGAAACUGCUGCCAUCUCUGCCAAGUCCGAUGUUGUGGAGGAUCUCCUUCGCUACUUCGUUGAUAUUGGCAGCCGUGAGUGCUACGUCGGCAUGCUCUAUGCCUGCUACGACCUCAUCCGCCCCGACGUCAUCAUGGAAAUCUCAUGGCGCAAGGGCCUUCACGACUUCACCAUGCCCUUCAUGAUCAACUUCCUCUGCGAGCAAACCCGGGCUAUCGAGUUGCUCAAGAAGGACAAUGAGGAGCGCAAGAACCGCGAGAAGCAGACCCGCACAGAGGAGGACAACACUCCCAUCCUGCAAGGCUCACGACUCAUGUUGACCCAGGGCCCGCAGUCUAACGGCGGCGGUCUCACCCCCAGGCAACUGGGUAUCGCGGAUUCUAGAGCUGAGCAAUGCUUUCGCUUUUGA